CUUUUUUUCCUCGUUAUUCUAUAAACCAAUCAUAAUGGAUUAUGUUAUCAACAUAUAUACUCGCAUAAUUAUGCAAAAAAAAAAAUAUUAUUCUAACAGUGUCUACAAAAGGGGCUUGUGGAAAUAUAUUUAUCGUAUAGGUGCAUGAGAAUUUGAACGAGGAAAUGACUGACUAUUAUCGCUACACUCUCCAAGUUCUAAAAAUGAAUUACGACCUAGUUGCUAUCGAUUUAAAAUUUAUUAUGUUAAUGUUAAAACAAACUGUGAUUGUUCAAGGCUACUUGGACAAUUUAUCGGCUGGUCUCUGGCCGAGGAGCUUUCUGUCUCAUUACAUCCAAAACAAACAUACGUAAUGUUAGCAUUUUAUCGCGUUAUAUUAAUAGUAGGACUUACAGUAGCCCAGUUGGACGUCAAACUACAAGAUGAAAAUAAUGAGUAUCGCUUUAACGGAUGUGAUUUCUUUCAGGUGAUUGAGCCUGGCAACGGUUCAUACUUUUUGUACUCGCCAGGCUAUCCGGAACGUUACACACCAGGCCAAGAAUGCAGAUGGUAUGCGAAGUCAACUUCAACCUCUGCUCGUUUAGUAUUAAACUGUGAAGAGUUUUAUGUACCAAAUAGCCCUUUUUGUGACACAGACGUCAUGAUAUUAUCCAGAACGGGCGAUGAAAGUUUUGUGGACGGUGUUCGACGCUGUGGACCAAAGUCAUUCACAGUCGUUAGUCGUUCUAAUAAAAUAAGCAUCUUAUUUAGAUCAAAAUUUAAUAGCAAAGGUGGAAAAUUUGUAUGCUCUUUGGCGGCUAGAAUCUCCAAACAUACCAAACAGAUUCAAAAGGAAGUUGCAAUUAACUCAUCAGCAUGUGAUUGUGGAAAAAGGAAUAAGCCUCUAACUCAAGAUCAAGAUCUCAACGGAGGAACAACUGGCGUCAAUGAAUUCCCAUUAAUGGCUUCAUUAAUAGAUAGCCGGACGGCCAACUUAUUUUGUGGUGCAACAAUCAUUAGCAAACAUCACGCAUUGACCGCUGCUCAUUGUUUAAAUUUUGCAAAUCCGUACCAAAUAGGUCUUUUGGUUGGCGAUCACGAUGUUACAAAAGGAAACGACACAGAUUCUGCUAGAUUGUUGGUUGUGACCGAAAUUUACAUGCAUCCAUUCUUUAACAUGUCAUCUCGAACUCAUGAUCUAGCAAUUGUGGAGACUCAUGAGGUGAUACCUUUUUCAUCAAAGGUGGGGCCAGCAUGUUUACCGUUUAGAUAUAUCGAUAAAGAUUUCGUAGGAGAAACCGUUGAAGUUUUGGGUUGGGGUACCAUCAAUUUUGGAGGUCCUAUAUCCGAUACUCUGCAGAAAACUUUCUUAAAGGUGGUGCCCAUUUCCAGGUGCACUUCACAUUAUAAAUAUGCAGCAGAUCGCGAUCACAUGUGCACAUUCUUUCCCAAAACGGACUCAUGUCAAGUAGACUCAGGAGGACCACUAAUUUGGACAGACCCGAGUAAUGGAAAGCUUACGAUUGUGGGUGUAAUUAGUUUUGGGGUAGCAUGUAUAGAUAAAUCGCCAUCUGUUAAUACUAAAUUAACAGUUCCAAUUCAUCUCUUUUGGAUCAGAUCGGUUAUAGCGGGACAACGAUUUUGUAGUUGAAUUAUAUGAAAAAAGAAGAUCAUUAUAACUUACAGUAUACUUUUUAAAGUACAUUAAAUGACUAUUGUUGUUCAAUAUAAAUAAAAUCUAUCCAAAUAUAUUUUAUUAAUUAUGAA